AUGAGUGCUUAUAGGAAGCGACUUGAAGCUUAUGAACUUCUACUCCAAGGAUUAUCUUUCCGUGGUCACGAUGAAAAAGAAAGUUCCUUGAGAAGAGAUAUCAUAAAUGCAUGUGCAAAAGAGACAACUAAAGCAAUCAUUAAAGAUAUUGAUGGUGGUUUCUUUAGUAUCUUGGCUGAUGAGUCUGCUGAUGUUUCUGAUAAGGAACAAAUGGAUCUUUGUUUGAGAUAUGUGAACAAAAAGGGAGAAGUUUGGGAGCGUUUACUUGGAAUUGUGCAUGUUUCCGAUACUACUUCUUUGACUCUUAAAACUGCUAUAGAGUCAUUGUUGAUGGAGCAUUCUUUGUCUUUCUCUCAAGUACGAGGUCAGGGUUAUGAUGGGGCAAGUAAUAUGCAAGGUUCAAUUAAUGGCCUUAAGACUCUAAUACAGAAUAAAUGUAAACAAGCAUAUUUUGUCCACUGUUUUGCUCACCAACUUCAAUUGACUCAAGUUGCACUUGCUAAAAAAAACGAUAUUUUGUCCACUGGUUUGAAUCAAGAACGUGGGUUAGGUGGACCUUGUGACACUCGUUGGGGAUCUCAUUUCAAAACAAUAUUGAAUGUGCUUGAUAUAUAUCCUUCAAUCCUUGGGUCGCUUGAGAUUGAGAUCUCUGAUGCACUUGAUUCUAACAAAGCACAAACUAUUACAAAUUUGUUGAUGUCUUUUGAUUUUGUGUUUGUGGCGCAUUUGAUGGUUGGUAUCUUUGGGGUAACAAAUAACUUGAAUGUGGCAUUACAAAAACGUGAUCAAGACAUUGUAAAUGCAAUGCGAAUGGUUAGUGUAACCAAGAUUAAUUUGCAAGAGAUGAGAGAUGAAGGAUGGGAUUCUCAUAUGGAGAAGGUGAUUUCUUUUAUGGCUAAGUACGACAUUGAGGUUCCUAGCAUGGAGGGGAAAUAUGUUGUCCUAGGGAGAAGGUUGUUUAGAGGUAAGGGCCCACAAGUGUCAAAUUUACAUCAUUUUCGAGUGGAAGUUUUCUUGAGUGUCAUUGGUCUUCAGUUGCAAGAACUUGAUAAUCGAUUCCCUGAGAUAAGUAAAGAUUUACUUGUGUGUAUGUCUUGUUUGAAUCCAACUAAUCGGUUUGCUUCUUUUGAUAAAGCAAAAUUGAUUGAACUUGCAAAAUUCUAUCCAAAUGAAUUUUCAAGUUCAGAAUUGAUAUUCUUUGACCAUACACUUCAGAAUUUUAUGUUGUUCUAUGAGAGAAGAUGA